ACCACUUGGCAGAAUGCAUUCACUAGUGCUGAAUCCACGUUGCAUUCCGUUUAGUGGGAAGUGGAUCCCAUCGGGAAAAAUUUAGUAUGCAUUUAGAGCAGAAAGGUGAAAAGUGUCUAAUCGAGCAGAGCACUGGCAGUUCAGUGUAAGAAAGUAUCAUCAUGCCAACCGAAGAAAGCAAUCCCCUGCAGCCACUGUGUGCGGAAUUCACAAAGGUGCAGAUUACGAAGAAAAGCGUGGACGGGUCGCAGGACGUCAGCCAUCCCGAAGCGGUAACGGUCAGCGUGUACACAGUGAAUGCAUUGAACUCGUCCGAUUCCGAUGCAAGUGGAAGUCCUCGCGAUAAAUGGACCAGAAAUAUCGAGUUUCUGCUGUCGUGCGUGGCACUGUCCGUCGGAUUUGGGAACGUCUGGAGGUUUCCCUACACGGCGCUGAAUAAUGGCGGCGGUGCGUUCGUUAUCCCGUAUUUGGUGGUACUGCUGGUGGUUGGACGACCUCUGUACUAUUUGGAGAUGAUUGUCGGUCAGUUUUCGAGCAGAGGAUGCGUUAAGGUGUUCGAUAUGUGCCCACUGAUGCGGGGCGUCGGAGUUGGACAAACCGUAACGAUGUUCACGAUCGUCGGAUACUAUGCAGCGCUGCUGUCGCUGGCCAUGCGAUACUUCGUGGAUUCAUUCCAGUACACUCUACCAUGGUCCGAGUGUCGACUGGACUGGGACUGUGUUGAUUCUUCGAAGGCUUCGAUUCAUAUCUCGAACAGCACGACCACGAAGCCGUCGGCGGUAUUUUAUUUCACUGAGAUCGUAACGAAUCAGUUCCCAGGUCUGGAAAACGGAAUCGGUCUGCCAAACUACCAGCUGGUUCUAUGCCUGCUAGUCAGCUGGAUCCUGAUAACAGUGCUCGUGAUAAAGGGAAUCAAAAGCUCCGGAAAAGCAUCGUACUUCCUGGCCAUCUUCCCGUACGUCAUCCUCUUCGGCUUACUUAUCCGGGCCGUAACUUUGGACGGAGCCUUUGAAGGGAUCAAAUACUUCAUCACUCCUCAGUGGGAUAAACUGCUGGAUACUGAAGUCUGGUACGAGGCCGUUUCCCAAUGCUUUUUCUCGCUGACCAUAGGACUGGGCGCAGUCAUUGUGUACUCCUCGUUCAACAGCUUCUCCAACAACAUUUACCGCGACGCCAUGAUCAUCUCCUGGCUGGAUACCUUCACGUCGAUGCUCUCCGGCGUGAUCGUGUUUGGCGUGGUUGGCAAUGUGGCCUACAUUACGGACAAGAACGUGACUGAUGUUAUGAAAAAUGGCCCAGAACUGACGUUUGUGGUGUAUCCGGACGCGAUAGCCAAGAUGCCCACGUGGCCCAAUUUCUUCGCUAUAAUGUUCUUCCUGAUGUUCAUUUUGCUAGGUCUGGGUAGCAAUAUGGGAAUUGUAACAACCAUCUUGACCUCUAUCAAGGAUCGUUACCCGGGAGUGAAGAUCUGGAAGGUGGUCAUCGGUAUUGCCGUGGGAGGAUUCUGCUGCGGAUUGGUGUACAUAUCACCUGGAGGUUUCUACGUCCUGGACGUGGUAGACUACUACGGAGUAACGUUCCCCACCUUGGUGUUGGUUGUUCUGGAAGCGUUCACCUUCUGCUGGUUGUACGGCGUCGAUCGCAUCUGUAUGGAUAUUAAAUUUAUGCUCAACAUCAACACUGGCAUCUUCUGGAGGAUCUGUUGGGGUUUUUUUACCUUGUCUAUUUUGGUUACGAUUACCUGCAUGCAAAUUUUCAAGUACGAGGCGAAAAAGGUUCCGCGAGAGUACAACGUUUUCGGAUGGUGUCUCUUUGGGGUUACCGUACUUCAAGUAGUCGUUUGGGCUGUAUGCGCUACUGCCAACCAACCCAAUAGGAGCGGUUUAUGUGGUAAACUGUGCGAUGCCCUUAAGCCUACAAAAGAUUGGGGACCAGAAUCGGAACAGCUGAAGCGGGACUACAACACUAUGAUAACGAAGUACAAAAAUGACCGAAAGAGCACCACGAAUUUGAGAAUAAGACUAUUUAAUAAGGUUUUCAAAUAAUCAAUCGCACAUAGCUUUAUUAAGAUUAUACAAGCACAUAUGAAUAGUACAAUUAAAACCAUUGAAUAGCAUAUUAGCUGCAGCUGUAGAGAGUUAUUAGUGUGGCUACACUGCCUUUAGAAUUUAGUAUGUAACAAAAGCAUUAUAAUAUGAAUUUAAAUCAAAUAUCAAUAAAUGGUCUGUAACUUUCGCAUAAGCGUGUAUCCCAAAAUA